CCACAAUAUAUAAUGCCUACAAUGUUUCCUCUGCCCUAUCAGAUUCUAUAUGAGGGCAUCCCUAUACUAGCGUCGCACAAUUAUCCCCUUUUGAAGAAAGACUUGAUAUAUAUAACCAUGCUUUAAGAGCUUAGCUAAGACCUAACAGGCGAUGAUCCCGGUUUCUCGCACAGGCUGAGCCGCUGUCCCACAUAUCAUAGCGAUGAUAUAUUGCCUUCAUGCCACGCAUGCCUACGGGGUUCUUGUACCGAAAUUCCGCGCCGCACAACUGUAGCUGGAUGACUGGAAGCGGAAGCAGCGGCUCUGAAAAGUCCAUGCCCUAUCCAUACUUAUUUGUCGUCUAGCUACUCGAUUUCGCCGUGGACGUUGGGAGAUGGUUCAGAAUCACGCGUGCAUGAUCCCUGAUACUUUGAUCUCUUAGACUGGGCAUCCGGGCGUGUAUAUUUGAUCAUCCUUCUUACCCUAAAACCAUUCAAUAUCUCGCCAUGGCUACUUCCACAGCUUGGGAUUAUGUCAUUGUAGGAGGUGGGAUUGCUGGUUGCGUCGUUGCAAGCCGCUUGUCAGAGUAUAAGCCCUCAUCCCGCAUUCUAGUCAUCGAAGCUGGUGCCGACGUGAGCCACGAUGAGGAGAUUCUCAAAUUCCAAUCACUUAACUUCAUUGGGGGAAAGUUUGACUGGGCAUACAAGACCGUGCCACAAAAGCACUAUGGCGGCCGCGAGAUCGACAUUCCGGCCGGCCGUGCCCUCGGCGGAGGUUCUGUUAUUAACGGAUGCGGGUGGAUUCGCGGGGCUAGGGCUGAUUUCGACAGCUGGGCGGAGAUUGUUGAUGACCAUCGCUGGAGUUACGAAGGCCAGCUUCCUUAUUUCAAGAAGACCGAGAAGUGGUACAAGUCCGAUAAUCGCGACGAUCACGGUCACAUCGGCGCUAUGCAUAUAGAAUCCCCCAAGUCGACAGGUCGAAUCUACCCCCUAGCCGAUAUCACCCAGAAAUCUUGGAGUGACAUCGGCGUACAGGAACUUCCCGGCUGCGAUAUGAACGCCGGAGAGAAUAUAGGCCUCGGCGAACUCAACGAAAACCGCCAUAAAGGAGCUCGUCAAACCGCCCCGCUCGCAUACCCCUUGAAGAAUGUGAAUGUCCUACCGCACACCCUCGUCGAAUCCAUUAUUAUCGAGAAGAGCCCCGAGGUAAAGGCAACCGGCGUUCGUUUAGACGACGGCGCCGAAAUCUUUGCGAAAGAGGUUAUCAUCUCCGCCGGUGCUUACAGAACGCCACAGGUGCUGAUGCUUUCCGGCAUAGGACCAAAGGAAACCUUGCAAAAACACGGGAUUGAAACAAAAGUAGAUAACCCCGAAGUCGGGAAGAACUUCAACGACCACGUCAUGGUGCACUUCAACUGGCAACUCAAAGACCCAUCGAAAGGCUACGCUGUCGGCUCUGCUAACUCGCUCUUCGCGAAACCGGAAUUCGCAACAGGCAUGCCCAUAAGCUUCAUCAUCAACCGCGAAGUCCCCAAAGACGGCCUCAUCGCCGCAAUCACCAAGGACGAAGGCAAGGCCCCCGGACCAGACCACUAUCUCCUGAAAAGGCGCUGGGGCUUGAUGGAGAAUAUCAUCUUGUACCUAUCGAUGCCGCCGCAUCCGGUCGAUGGCACGCAUAUCAGCAAUGCGAUGAUGGGCGCGAAACCCACGUCCCGUGGAACGGUGUCGAUUGCGUCGAAGAACCCGGCAGAUGCCCCCGUUCUCGACCCAAAUUACUGCGCUACCGAAGUUGAUAGGUAUGUGUGGCGUGAAUCGAUAAGGGAGACUGCUGCUUUGAUGAUGGGGGAUACACCUCUUGGUCGCGAGGUCGUCGCGGGCGAAACUCCUAGUGAUGGGUCUGAACCUUUGAAAAUUGGUUCGAGCGAUGAGUAUUUGGAUAGUCGGGUUAGGAGUUUGGGACGGUCUACGUACCACGGCUCUAGUAGUUGUUCCAUGGGAACGGUGGUCGAUACUGACUUACGAGUGAAAGGGGUUAAGAACUUACGGAUUGUCGAUGCGUCCGUAUUCCCUAUUUCUAUUGGAGCGCACAUCCAGGCUGCUGUGUAUGCCCUCGCGGAACAGGCGGCUGUUAUUAUUUCGCAAGAUCAAUGAGCUGGACCGGAGUAAGAUUUGCGUAAGCUAGUUAUAUGAAUUGAAGUAGUUCAUGACAUUGGAGUUUGGGUGUGCAGUGCGGUACUCCCAAAAGAACCAGUAAAUUGGUUGAGAAAUAACUGUCAGGUCAGAUAGGAUCGAAUCAAUGGGUAGAGAACAUAUGAUCAAGGCAAUUAAUCAAGG